CUCUCUCUCUCUCUCUCUCUCUCUCUCUAUAAAAAUACAUAUGCUCUCUCCUUCCCCCUCUACCUCCCUCGCCUCUAACUAACGCACACAGUACACUCUCUCUACUCUAUGCAAUGACAUCCAAAGCUUCAAUUCAACUAGUCGAGACCUCUGACACUAUAGAUGAGGACAGAGAACAUCUGCUGGUGGUGGACAUGGAAGCAGGGGAGGGUGAAGCGGAACCCAAGUUUUCGAUCCGCAAUCUGACGACGGAGCAAGUGAUAUCGGAGUCGGGGAGGCCGAUAUUGAAAAGGAUAAACGCGGAGAUACCAAAGGGGAUGGUGGUGGGGAUCAUAGGCCCAAGUGGGAGCGGCAAAUCAACGCUGUUGAGGGCGUUGAACCGGCUCUGGGAGCCACCUCCUCACACGGUGUUUAUGGACGGCCGUGAUAUUUGUAGCCUCGACGUUCUCUCCCUCCGCCGUAAAGUUGGGAUGCUCUUCCAGUUACCUGCUAUAUUUGAAGGUACAGUGGCAGAUAAUGUAAGAUAUGGACCACAAUUGAGAGGGAAGAAGCUAGCUGACAAUGAAGUAUACAAGUUGCUCACCCUUGCUGACCUGGAUUCCUCCUUUUUCAAUAAAAAUGGGCGUGAAUUAUCUGUUGGUCAAGCUCAGAGAGUCGCACUAGCCAGGACUCUAGCCAACGACCCUGAGGUUUUGCUAUUGGAUGAGCCGACGAGUGCAUUGGAUCCAAUAUCAACUCAAAACAUAGAGGAUGUUCUUGUAAAGCUGAAGAAGAAUAAGGGGAUGACAGUUAUAAUGGUGUCACACAGCAUCAAGCAAAUACAAAGGAUAGCUGAUAUUGCGUGCCUCGUUGUGGACGGGGAAAUUGUUGAAGUCUUGAAACCUAACCAACUAUCCCAUGCCCAGCAUCCCAUGGCACUACGGUUUCUUCAGCUCAGCAAUUGAAUACAUGAAAAGUUAUUCGUCAAGAGCUAAACGUACUUAUUUUGUAAUGUGUAUAACUUGACCAUGUUCUUAGUGUCUCAUUAGAAGGUCAAGAGUCCGAGAGUAUAUGAUGUUUUUUUCGUGAUUAUAAUCUUUCAAUUUGAAAGAAAUAAUAACUUGAAAGAAACUAUGUGAUAUGGAUGAUAAAUUUGCAUGCCUUCGCUAGCUGUUUAUCAUCUUAAUAAUAAGGGAAAGUCUACAAUGCACACCCCUUAAAAGGGUGUAUCAUAUGCACAUAUUUUAUGGUUUAUUCAUAACAUUUUAGUGUGUUUCGUAA